AUAAAUAAAAGCGCAAACAGGAAGUUAAAUAAAUAAAAACUCAAACGGGAAGGGAGUCUCAAAGCCGAGUGCAACGUCCGAGUUUGAAAGCGAAAGUGGGCGUUGAUUGGCCGACAGUGGCGCACAGGAAAACCAAACCGAAGGAACGCAGCCGGAAGACGAAGGAAGUUGGGAGGCUGGAGCAACUUCACGUUUGCCGUCUGAGAGCGAGAGCCGGCCGCCAUGAAGGACUCGGGGCGGGGAGGAACCCGGACGGAGAGCGAGCUGUGGAAGGCGCACGUCGUCCGGCAACUGCGGCGCCGAGACCGGGAGCAGCACCACAGCUUCCGAGACCUCGUCUGCGCCUACUCUCGCCUGCUGGACCAAAGCGCCGAGACCGACUCGAUCCUCCGAAGCGCAAGACGCGGCGACUCCGGCUGGCCGUCGUGCGUGUGGCUGAAGGCGACCACCGGAGAGUUAGCUUAUCAAGUGGUCGAGAGGCAGCAGGAGAUGAAAAUCAAAGACAACAUUUUGGAGGCUCAACGGGACAGGCUGCUACAGGAAGAGCGCCGCGCGGCGGCCGCGCGGGACGUCCGCCUGCAGCUGCGACUUCGGGCGGAGCGGCUCGGAGGGGAGAACGGGCUGUUGAAGAGCGACUACGACGCCCUGCUGGAGCGUCGGAGGCGAGCCGAGCGCCGUCUCUGCGAGGAGGACGGGAUCGCCCUCAAACGGCAGGCGGCCACCCGGCUCAACCUGUGCAACGACAGACGUUGCAGAGUUCAAGACGUCAACCUGCAGAAAGAUUUGCAGACCGCUACCACUUCGAAGGUCAACGUUGACAUCGAUCGAUUCUCAUUCAGCCUUCCAAACGGGAGAUGUUUAUCAUUAAAGAAAAGGUUUGCAGAAAAAAGUCAAGGGCGCCUGUUGAGGUCAGCCCCAGCUUCAGAAAGUUCUCCGAGGAUCCUGGCGUUCAUCAGAGAACUCUUUGAGAGGAAGCAGGGCCGAUCUGUGCGCGCUUCAGAAGAGGAGGAGCUCGCGCGUCCUGUCAGAGUCCCGAUGUCAGCUCGAGUUCCGAGCCGAGCGCUGCACAUCCUGGAGGCUCACGAGCAAGGCGUCAACGCGGCGGCGUUCUGCUCCAGCUCCGCCCGCCUGGCCAGCGCGGGAACUGACAGGGUGGUCAAAGUGUGGGAGGUCCAAGCAGGCGCCCUCAGACACCAGACCACCCUGGACGGGAGCACGGAAGGUCUGACCUGCGUCCAGUUUGACCCCACGGGUCACAGAAUUCUGGCGGGCUCGUACGACAAAUCUGCUCUGCUGUGGCGUUUGGACCGACCCGUUGCCAAGCUGACCCUGACGGGCCACACCAGGAAGGUGACGGCCGCUCGAUUCAGUCGCCAUCAAGUCGUCACAGGAAGCGCCGACGGGACCAUCAGGAUGUGGGACCUCCAGAGAGCCGCCUGUGUUCGGUUAGCGGAAGUGUCGUCCCACUGCAGUGACGUCGUCUGCUCGGACAAUAUCGCCAUCAGCGGACAUUUUGACCGCAAGAUCCGAUUGUGGGACACCAGGCUGUCCGGCUGCGUCCACCGCCUGUCCGCUCACGACAAAGUGACGUCGUUGGACCUCAGCGCCGACGGCCGGCGCCUGCUCAGCUGUUGCCGUGACGACGGCCUCCGGCUGCUCGACGUCCGCAGGUGGAGCGAUCACGGCGCCCCCUUCAGGAGGAGGAGUUCAGCAAAUACGUGCGGGUUCACUACCGUUUUGUGCGGCAGGGCCGACGGCUUCAAGUGCGCCAGCGACAGCGCCAAAGCGGCCAUCAGCCCCGACGCUCGCUUCGUGGCGGCCGGCUCGGCAGACGGCGCCGUCUACGUUUGGAACGCCUCCACUGGAAACCUGGAGACGCGCCUGGCUGACAAGCACAGCGCGUCCGUCGGCGCCGUCUGCUGGUCGUCGUCCGGCGAGUACGCGGCGAGUGUGGACAAACGGGGGCGGGCCGUCCUCUGGGGUGACAUCUGAAGGCGCGGCGCCGUUUGGAAAACUUUUGUUUUGUUUUAAAGAUGAAGAGAUCUUUGAUUUGGAGGCCACAAGCUGAAUUUGAGACAGUCCACUUGACCGUGGAGCCGAGCCGCCUCCGAUUCUGAUACGAGAUGAUCCCGAGUCAAGAAGUCUUCUCAACUUUGCCGCAUGUCUUUCAGCUUUUUAAGAUACAAAAUGUUUUCUCUUUUUAUGUGACAUUAUUUAUAUGUUCGUACGUUGUCAUGCGCUCCUCACUUUCGGGGACCUUUUUAAUGACUUUUAAGAUUUGUUGUGUCAUGUGAAGAAGAAUAAAAGGAGAGAAAAAGCCUCACCUCUUGCUCCUUGGUGUUUUGAA